AUGGGCUGGACCGCUUUCGGAGGACCUGCUGCACAUGUUGGGCUUUUCCAGAAGACUUUCGUUGAACGGCUGGGAUGGAUGAGCGCUGACGUUUUCACGGAGCUCUUCGCCGUCUGUCAGUGCAUGCCUGGGCCCAGCUCGACCCAGAUGUCCUUUGCUCUGGGCACUACCAAGAAGGGCAUUGCUGGUGGGCUGCUAAGUGGCAUUCUGUUUCAGUACCCGGGCGCGAUCAUGAUGACAAUCUUUGGGUUGACGGCACACAACUGGGCCACCCCACAGGUUAUCAGCGACUACACCUGGCUGGCCGGCUUGGUUGGGGGUUUGAGUGCUGCAGGUGUGGCCCUUGUGGCCUCGGCAGCCAUCGGGCUGUGGAACAAGGCCUGCGGCGCGACUGCUGACGCCAAGGUGUUGGCAGGCUUUUGCUGCGUUGUGCUGCUGUACUACAGUGCAGAGCUGAUUGCACCAGUGGAGCGAAACGGCCGCAACUGGAUGUGGAUCUUCCCAACCCUGAUCAUCUUCGGUGGAGCCUUCACCUACUUUUGGCGAGGCCCGCUGCCCGAGUCCAAGACCACAACGGCUCCUACUGCAGAAGAGAGUGGAGUGGAGCAUUUUGGCCUGGGGCCGGUAGGUGGGGCAAUCCUGAUUGCAAUCGUGGCUCUCAUCUUCAUUGCAAGCUACGUCCUGCCAUCUGUGCUUGAGGAGGCGGAGUUUAAGCGCCUCUUCUGGUUCGCCGCCUUCUGGCGCACAGGAACCGUGAUUUGGGGUGGUGGCCAGGUGGUCCUUCCAUUGCUGGAGAACGAGAUGGUGCCCACAGGUUGGGUGGACCAAUCGGUCUUCUUCGCAGGAUUGGCCCUGGCCCAGGCAAUGCCAGGGCCGCUGUUCAACUUCGCCGCCUACCUGGGGGCUGCUGCCGGCUACAAAGCUUAUGUCACCAUUGGGGAGGGUGUAUUAGGGGCCGGGCUUUGCUGGCUGGGCCUCUUCGGGCCUGGUGUAAUGCUCAUCUUCGGGAUCCUCCCUUUCUGGGGCCAGUUCCGCUCCAACGACACUUACAAGCGGGCAUUGCCUGGCCUCAAUGCAGCCGCCGUUGGCUUGCUUUGCGCAGCACUGGUCCAGAUGGGAGCUGGAGUGCGAGAGAACAACACCAAGCCUAACGGCCCGAUUCCAAAGGAAGCAUCGACAUGCAUCGGGCUUGUUGCUUUCUGGGGAGUACACUGGCUUAAAUUCAAGGACCGCCAGAUCCUUACGCAAGUCCAAGCGCCCAUCGUUGUGGUUGCAUGUGGCAUCCUGGGUCUCAUCGCGGGCGUCCUUGAGAUGCGCUGA